GUGCUGCGCUCUGCCGAUCGUUGGUCUACUGGAACCUGUGAGAACUCGAUCCUCAAUGCCUACAUCCACACCAUCGAGAACAGCGAGCACUACAUCUACAUUGAGAACCAGUUCUUCAUCAGCUGUGCCGAUGGGAAGACCGUCCAUAAUGGGAUCGGCGAUGCAAUUGUGAAGCGAAUCCUGCGUGCACACAGAGAGCAGAAGAAAUACAGAGUGUUUGUGGUGAUUCCCCUGCUUCCUGGAUUUGAGGGAGACAUCAGUGCAGGAGGUGGAAAUGCCAUUCAAGCUAUUCUGCACUUCACUUACAGGACCAUAUGCCGAGGGGAGUACUCCAUCCUGUCAAGACUUAAUGAAGUGAAGGACCAGUGGACGGAGUACAUCACACUCUGCGGCCUGAGAACACAUUCCCAGCUCUCCCAGUCAGUUGUCACAGAGAUCAUCUAUGUUCACAGCAAGACUCUCAUCGCUGAUGACCGCUGCUAUAUAAUUGGAUCGGCCAACAUCAAUGACCGCAGCAUGCUGGGCAGUAGAGACAGUGAGAUGGCAGUGUUUGUGGAAGAUGAAGAGCGGGUCCCAUCCAUCAUGGGAGGGGAGGAGUACCAGGCGGGACCCCUCACACUCGCUCUGCGCAAAGAGUGUUUCAGUGUUCUUGUUGGAGCUUCUUCAGACCCCAGUAUCAAUAUUGAUGAUCCAAUCAGCGAUGAUUUCUUCUUCUUGGUCUGGAAUGCAACUGCUAAACUGAAUGCCACAAUUUAUGACAAGGUCUUUAAAUGCCUGCCCUACAACACUGUCCACAACAUGCGAGGGCUGAAGGAGUACUCCAGUGAGGAACGCCUCUGCGACACAGACCCUGAGCAGGCUGUAGAGGAGCUGAAGGCUGUCCGAGGGCUGCUGGUCCACUUCCCCCUGAAGUUCCUGUGUGAGGAGAACCUGCUGCCUCCACUGGCCACUAAAGAAGGCAUGGCUCCUGUAGAGCUGUGGACAUAACCGCAGCUGAGCCUGUAUCAGACUGCUACGUAACAGCUGAAAGGGCUGCUGUACCACAUGCUCCUACUUGUAGUUCCAGUGCACCUAGUGUUCAGCACAGUACACUAGCACUUCAGCGGUGAGGAAAAGACAUCACCAUAACACAAUUUAUUUGUUAAUCUUUGCAUUUUAUCUUGUCUUUUUGACUAACGAUGGACUAAUCUGAACAUAACCACUGACAUGUAGAUGAUGUACUGACAUGUAUGAUGGUUUUAUAUAAUUAUUAACCUAUACUCUGCAGUUUGUUCAUGAAGGCAGUGUCUGCUUCAUUACUCCUACAGUACAAUCUGAACAACAGGGCUAGCGAUGGUGCAAAACACACAUAAAUGAAUGUAUGAGUCAGGAGAGGAUUGCAAGGUUGUAUUGGAAAUCAAGUAUAUCACAUGAUCUGGGAACAUAGUGUACAGUUAUUGGUGCAAGGUUUUUGGGUGGGUGGGUGGCUCUGUUGCUCUCGCUCUCGCUCUCGCUCUCUCUCUCGCUCUCGCUCUCGCUCUCUCUCUCUCUCACACACACACACACUCUCACUCUCUUCCUCUGAGGCUUCACCUCUCGCUGCAGUGCCAGCAAAUCUGUCAGAACAUUUGUGGUUGUUAUGGUGACGAAUAUAAAGAGAUGACUGGAUCGUAGCUGAAAGAAAGACUGAAUAGGGCAGAAAAGGAGAGCACUGAUAGGGGGGAUAACGUACUAAAUCAGGAUGGUGUACCAGAAAAUAGUAGGUAAUAAUGUUGAAAGAGGACUGACCAUUUCUGUGGAAGCAAAGUUAUUUUAAUAGUUUUGGAUAAAUUAUGUAGGGAAUGAAAUGAGGACAAGAUAAUUAAAGGGUGCUACGUGAUUUACUGUUAACUGUUGCUUUUGACAACCAAGUGAAUUAUUGUUAUUAUUUCACCAUGUUGAUCAUGUCCGCAAUCCACAACAGAACAUUCCACUGUCCACUUGGAUUUUAUAUAUAUAUAUAUAUGUACACACCCCAUAACACUGUGGCUUUCAUGUCAUUCACGCUGCAAUUGUCAUUUUUUAAUCUUUAACUUUUUUUUUCUUUGGAUUUGUUUGAUGUUAAAUCAUGCCAGUUGUUCUUUUGAAACCUGUUAAAUCCCUUUACAGAUCCAUUAGGAACUGAAGGACUGCAAUCAGAAAAAGUCUUGCAUUGGACAAAUAUGUAGCAAUGGUGAUGAAUGUAGACAGGCAACUACUGAUUUGGAAAUGUCAUAUAAUAAUUCAACAUUGUAUUGCUAUAAGAUAUGGAGUUUGACCACAGUGUGCUGAAAAUAAGGACAUUCUGUAACCUGACAACACUUGGGGAAAAUAGUGCUACUAGGAGUUAUCAGUGCCUCUGUAAAUCACCUGUAUCAUAUAAAAGCUGAUUUUUAGAGAACAGCCAGCAGAGAGGCAGACAACAGGCAGCAUAUGAAGCUUGUCAAUGGGACUAUGUUUUAUAUUCUUAGCUUUUCCAUGUCAUUGGACACUGGAAUAUGGGGGGGGGGGGGGUCAACAACACUACCAAGAUGAUUUUAGUGCAAACUUGCCUAGAAGUGAGACAGAUGACAACCGUCCCAUGUGAUUGCUGCCUUGCUCUACAUGAAGCACCUUUCAUAGAGAAGCUAGUAAAACCAUCUGUGUUUAGGCACGAUGCAUUGCUAGCUUCAGAAUUAUUCAAACUUUCUUUUGGAAGAUAUACAAACAGCACCAAGAGUCCUUUCACUAGAAACCUCGUAUUUGCUAACCUCUCUUAUUCAGCACAAAAUGGUUGCCUUGAGUGUUUGGUUGUUUAAAGAUUCUGCAGAAAUGUUUGUGAUAAUGCUGAGAAGUUACCUUAUACUCUUUCCAUCAUGAAUAUGAUUUUUAUUAGACUAAUAGCCAGCAUUACCAAUACAUUUUAAUGUGUAUAUUACCAAUACAAACUUGCGUUUUUAACUUAUCACUAUUAUCCUUAUCGGUGACCAUGUGAAGGCCUUUGUAUAUGUAAAUCUGUAGAUCUAGGUUAUUACCUGAAGUUGCUGAUGUAUAGGCUACUAACACUCAGGGGUAGAGAAAUAAUAAAUAUUCUUACUCUAUCACGGAAGUACAGUUAUGAACAACUUAUACUUUAUACUUUAUGGUAUGUUAUGUUGUUUCCUCAAUAACAGUUUUUUAUGGAAAUUCAAAGUGAAUAUAAUACCGGUAUCUCUGUUCAUCAGCCAAAACAAUUACUCAAAUUGAAGGACAUUUUAUGUAAAAAUGAGCCCCCCUCACCUCAGUCCAACACCCCUGAAUGUUACAUAGAUAAUCACAAUGUUAUUCAUAAUGUUUCUAAAAUCCAUAAAAUAUACCAAUGUCUAGAUGUUUAUCAAGAAUUUCCCUUCCACAGCCAGAAACUACUGAUAUCAUCUAGAGACACUUUGCAAAAAAAAAUUUUUUUUAUGAUAUUGUACUUUAUAUCUUCUGUUAUAUAAUUUGUUAUCUGUAUAUUAUUGAAUCAUAUAAUGUAUUUCCAUAGAGUAAAUUGUACACUGAGUGGAUAUAGUGACUUAACAUGUUUUUACAGGAAAUGGGCACUAUUAUCACAAAACAAUAAAUAAGAUUUUCUAUGUGAAUGCUGAAAUUUUCAAUAAAAAACCAAUGCAAUCUCCAGGU